AUGGUAGUUUUUAGACUCGAGAAUAAGAAUUUGCUUAUAUGAAGGCAAUUUACCCAGAUUGUUGAAUUUGCUGAUUUUAUUAAUUUUACCUCUCAAAAAUCAUCUUGAUUCUUGUUCGAGUUUGCCUACCUAGGCUGCCAUUUCGAAAAUUUGAAACACAAAUUUUUGGCUAUUUUCGUAUCGAUGUGAUACAUGAGACCUGGGACACAAUACCAAAUAUCGCACUGGUUAUGAGUCGAUGAGAAUGGUUUUACAAACCUAUCAAUUUGGAAAGGAGCAAAUUAG